GAAGACAUCAACCGGAAAUAUGACUCCUUACAGAGGCUGUUUUCACCCUGCUCACCAACAAUCAAUAAGUCUGUCGUUAUGGUCUUGCAAUACUCAUAGCCAACCUAUAAUUUUCAUAAUCACUGCAUACAACCACCAUGAUAAAGGUUUACAUUUACAGUUAGUAAUAUGACUUUUGUUUUGCCAUCAGAAAAGAUGAACGUUCACAGCACACAAAACAACAUGGCGCGGUCACUCUGCAAAGACGUUUAUGAUGAUUGGUUUAGGAUUAAAUUUGGACCGUGUUGAUUGGUUGCCACUAUAGCUGUUUUGACAACUGAAUUACUAGAUAAGCGUGAGCAAGGCGACGAGUUGUAAGAACUAGAUCUUCAGAGAAAAAAAAGCUUACGUUAGCUGUGAUGAUGGCGGAGGGUAACCAAGUAAUGUGUUCAGACAAAAAUGCCAGUGAGCGGCAAUCACCAAUCGAGAAAGGAGGUGGGGAAGGCGAAGAAGAUGAAGGGAAGCCGGGAACGAGCAGGCUGUCUGCCGAACAGAAAGAGGUCCUCGAUCGCUGUCUGCACGCUCUCACCCAUGCCAAAAAUGACAGCCACACUCUGGCCGCUCUCCUCCUGAUUACAAGAUUGUGUCCAGCAGGCCAACUAGACAGCACAACUCUUAGGCGCAUCUUUGAAGCUGUGGGGCUAAAUCUUCCAGCCCGCCUUUUGGUGACAGCUGUUGGGGGUAGUGACAGCUCAGGCUUGCCCCGAGAGGAGCUGCUGUCCCUGGGUACAGCUCUGCUGGCAGCCCUCAGCACAGACCCAGAUAUGGCAGCCCACCCCCAGCUCCUCACCACCAUCCCUCUGAUUCUGGGUCUGCUGGCAGAAGGGUCUAACUGGAGCCCACAGAAACAAGCCCAAACCUCCAACAUGCCAGAACCAGACCAGGGAAGGCAGAGUGAAGAGAAGGCCCAGCCCAUCUCUACACAAACCACAGACAUAACCAAAGAAUCAGACUCUAAGAGGACAUCUGCAUCUACUGACAACGGGGAUCAACCAGAGCAGAGUGCAUCUGGAGAUGCAAAGACUGAAGAGACUGCUGACAAGGGGGCUCCAUCACCUCAGAGCUCUUCUCCAUCGAAGCUGGAUGAGGCCCUGGCUGCAGACUGUUACCAGGUCCUCACCACUGUGUGUGCUCUACCCCGGGGCCCAGAACAGCUCCUGGCCAGGGGGGCUAUCCCAGCUCUGUGUCAAGCCCUGGACCGGGACCAGACCAUGAGCCAUGAGAAGGGGCUUCCUCUCCUGGGGUGCCUCCUCUCCGGUAGAAUCAAGGAGAAAGCCUGGAGCAAGUAUCCCAAGGAACUCCUCUCCCUGCUGUUUAAGGUCUCCAAAGUCUUCUGCCAAGCCACAGACCAAACCCAGCUGGAUAUGUGUGCCCAUCUAACCCAGUUCCUUCCCCCAGUUUCAAGAACCCCGGAGAGCGGGGAGUUGAAGAGCCUGGUGGUCAGUUUGUGGGCAACCCUUAGACCUAUGAUACAGGCUAAACUAACUCCGGCCCAGUUGGGCCUGGUUCUGAUCCUCUGUGGGUGUCUAUUAGACUUGUAUGGGUGGGAGCCGGUGGGCCCGCCUAAGUUCUGCUGCCUGCUGGUGAACCGGGCCUGUGUGGAGGUGCGGAUGGGCCUGGAGGAGCCCCCGGGCACAGAGCUGAGCACAGAGCUGCAGCACACCCUCACUGCAUGCUAUCGCAUCAUGGAGGCCGCCAUGGAGCAGGCCUGCAGCCAGGGAGUCUCCCAGAUCGAAGGCCAGCCUCAGAGUGCCAUCACUGGGCUCAGUCUGCAGCAGAGUAGGCAGGUCCUGAAAGUGCUGGAGGAAGCAUUCUCUGCAGUCAUCUAUCACCUGCAACAGGUAGAUCAAAGUCGCUAUGGUGACCCUUUUGUUUUUGGCACGUUCCGUUCCCUUUGUUCCUGGCUCGCUGAGGAGACUUCCUGUCUGAAGGAGGAAGUGACUGCUCUAUUGCCCUUUCUGAUUGGCUAUGCCAAAAGUCACUUGCAACGGGAGGGCCAGGAUGAGGGUCUGUCCAGUUGGAUGUCAGAAAUGGCUGUUAGUGACAGCUCACAGGGAGGAGCCUGGACGGGCAAAGAUCCUCUAAGGUAUCUGCUCCCAGCUCUUUGUCACCUCUCAGCAGAGGAAGGUCCCAGGAAGGUGCUUCUGACCCUGGACACCCCAGCCCUACUGGUGACCUAUCUGUCCCAGGGCUGGAGUAUCCUGAGAGGGAAGGCUGGGAUGUCUUCAGCCCGGGACCCCAGCAUGGAAACGGCCUGCUCUGCCCUGCUCAACUUUGCCGUAACAGAGCCAGAGAGAGUCAAGAAGGACUCGUGUUUCAGAACUCUAGAGUCGCUGUUAAGUGAAGCACUUCCUAUCUUGCUGUAUAAACCCCGUCUCUUAGUCCUAGCAGCUAAUUGCUGCACACUUGGGCUUAUGAUUGGCAGGCUAAAACCUGCACCGUCAGGCUCAGUGGGAGCAGAUCAAAGGCGUUUUUUCUCCUCUGCAUUGCGGUUCCUCCGCGGUGCCCUGGACUCAGGAUCCAGCCCUGGCCCAGUAAGAGUGAGCCCUGCCUGGGAGGAGUGGUGGGAGGAGGCUGGGGAACUGUGGAGACUGGGUAUGCAGGCCCUGGGGGGCUGUGUGAGGGCCCAGCCCUGGAUUACCUCCCUGGUUAGAGAGGAGGGAUGGCUCCACCACAUCCUGACCCUGCUGGUCACCUGCAGAGCACUGCCUGACCCCCACACACAGGGGGCGCUAGAGGAGGCGCUGUGUGCCAUGGUGGACCAAUGCCCACUGUGUCAGCAGGAGAUCAGUGGCCAUAUGAAGGGAAAUGCCAACGGGGCCCUGAGUUCAAUGGGAAACCUGAGGAAAUUGAUGGAGACAAAAUGAACAGAUGAGAUAAACAAGGAUGACUGAAUGCAAGAUAACACAAAGAAACUUUUUAGCACCAGUAUUUCUCUGAUCAUUGUUUAUAUAGUGAUUUCUGAAUGGAUGAACACAGCUGUUUUACAUUUGUAUAAAGAAAAUAAGUUGAAGCAUAAUAAAGAGUAAUUUGUA